CGGCCGCCGGUUUGUCGAUUCGGCUUUCGGCGAGGCCGUCGUCGUCGCCACCACCGCCCGCGUGUAGCGGCGGAGCGGGUAAACGUCCGGUGAAACGCGCGUAAACAACACGCACGGACCGCGUCGUUCCGAACACCCGUGCCGCUGGUGUCUCCAUUUUGGGCAUACGAAACGAUCGUCCGGCCACGCAAAUCCAUUCAACAACGACGAGUGUUGCGGGAGGAUUCGCACAACCCCCGUGCAGGCGUCCACGCGUCGCGACCAUGUCCGGCAAGAGUUCGCUAGAGGUCAGCCGUCUGAUAGCUGAAGUGCACCGGAGGCCCGAGCUGUGGGACAGGCAACACCCGCAACACCACAACAGGUCCGUGCUGGACCAUCACUGGGAGUCCGUGGCCUCUAGGCUCGGCAUCGUAGGUAAAGCUGCUCGUGGUAAAUGGAAAAACUUAAAAGAUCAUUUCCGUAAAGAGUACAAAAGAUGUAUGACUAGCAUAGAAAGUGAUCAAGAAAUGUCUAGAUGGCCAUAUUUUCAUUCUAUGAUGUUCAUCAAAGAACAGAUCUCACACACCGUCACAAAUUCGGUGUACUUGACGGAUUUACCAUACCAAAACAUUUAUCCAGAAGUAGAAUUGAAAGAAGACACCGUGUCGGACGAAGAAAACCCCUUGAACUGUCUUAACAUCGAGUACGACUAUCAAAAUUCAGUCGAAGUGAGAUCAGAGUAUUCGAAUCAAGACGAAAACAUUUCUGAUGACAAACAUUUUUUAUUGAGUCUUUUACCCAUGUUGUCCACACUUCCGAUGGACAAGAAACUCAUAGCUCGGAUAGCCAUCGAAACGUCAUUGCUCAACAUAGCUUACCCAGAUCUGAGUACUGCGGCGGAUAAUUCACACGCUGAACAAAAUGGUACUACUCAUCAAUUAUCUACCAAGACUGAAAAAAGAAAACGAAUGAUCGAAGACGAUGGCCAUCCCAAGAAGCGUUCGGUAAACGCGAAAACAAUUUGUUGAUAUUCAUUACCUAUAUUUUUAUAAUAAAUACAAAAUAUAUAUAUACAUAUAUUAUAUUUUUAUUUUUCCUUUUAUUAUAUAUAUAUUUUUUUUUGUAAUACAUUUUUACGACAAUAUUUAAGUAUGUGAAAUUUUUGUUUAUUUAAUUUUGUUUAAAAUUGUUGAGAACAGUAAUCGUAUGAUUUGAGUGUAUAAAGACAAUAAUGAAACCGAGAGGUAUACCUCUACUUAUAAGUAGGGGUAUAUACGCACUAUAAAA